AUGGAAGAACAUCUCAACACAAUCGUGACCGCAAACUCUAAAGACAAAGGGAAGCAGCCGCUAAGCAUCCGGUUCCUUAACCUGACAAACCCGAAUGAUGCUACCAAAUCAGACGCACUCACGGCUAUCCGCUCUCAUGUGGCGAGAAACACCCAUGGCCGCAAACAAGAGAGUCGCCGGACUCGCCUAGAGAUCCGCCAGUACCGUCCCGCUACUCGAGGGAACAAGACGAAUAAUGCCUGGUCACCGGGAAAGAAGGGUACAAAGCCAAGUCAGGAAACUUCAGAGCUCAACUUAUCAGUGAUACCCAGCCCACAAACCUUUGUGACAUCUCAUAGAAGGAACCCCUUCCAGACCACUUUUAGGAAGGUUACUGAUUCCGAAGAUUCCUUGAUCGAUCACUAUAUCACCUAUGUCAUAGAUCACGGUUAUACAGAUUGUAUCCAUAAUGAGACCGAGCAGUUACUUCUUCAAAACGUACGAUCGCGCUUUGUACCGUGGUCGCUCACGGAACGAGGCCUACAAGCCGGUCUGUUAAUGGCAGCCUGUCGAAGUCUACUGACGCUACACCCCGAGAAUGAAACAUACAAAGUUUCAUUGCUUAAAUAUAAGAGCGAGUGUAUCGAGAUACUCCGCGCUGCACUUUCGGACCCAGACCACUGUAUUAGUGAUCAUACCAUUGCCCUAGCUUUAGUAUUGUCCACCGAAGAAUUUCUCUCGGGCAAUGUUAUCGAAUAUCGGCUACAUGGUGAAGCGAUUCUCAGAAUGGUUCAACUAAGGGGCGGAUUCAAAGACCUUGGUCCAGAGGGCCUGCUGGGAUAUUUGCUGGCAAGAUCAGUCUAUAACCCGGUCUUUCAAUUCGUGGACGGCCCUGAUGCUACAGCAUUGGUGAAGUAA